CCUGCUCCAGCGGGCUCGGGGCUUCGUGUGAGGCGGGCACAGGCUGAGAAUCCGAGAGCUGCGGGAGCCUCGGGCGCUGCGGGGACGUCGUGCACUGCGCCGGGCGUCCACAGCAGAGAAUAAAUAUGGCCGAGCUUUCUGUGCCAGAAGGACCAGUAGAUUGGAAAGAACGAUGCAUAGCUCUGGAGUCCCAGCUCAUGAAAUUUAGAGUUCAAGCAAGCAAGAUACGAGAACUCCUAGCAGAGAAGAUGCAGCAGCUUGAGAGACAAGUUGUUGAUGCUGAACGUCAAGCAGAAAAAGCCUUUCAACAGGUCCAAGUUAUGGAAGAAAAAUUAAAAGCAGCUAACAUUCAGACCAGUGAAUCAGAGACAAGGUUAUAUAAAAAGUGUCAAGAUCUGGAGUCUGUAAUACAGGAAAAAGAUGACAUCAUUCAAAACUUGGAACUGCAGCUUGAUGAGCAGAAACAAAUAAGAAUACAAGAAGCUAAAGUAAUAGAAGAGAAAGCAGCAAAAAUCAAGGAAUGGGUAACAGUCAAGUUAAAUGAGCUGGAAAUAGAAAAUCAAAAUCUUCGUUUGAUCAACCAAAACCAAACUGAAGAGAUAAGAAUAAUGCAGUUAAAACUACAAGAAGUUCAAGGGAAGAAGUCAUCCACUGCUUCCACAUCAAAACUUUCAGAAGGCCAACGCCUGAGCGGUUUAACCUUUGGGUGCUUUUCAUCCCGAGCAAGGAGUCCUUCGCAAGUAGUAAAAUCAGAGGAAAUGAGCAAGAUAUCAUCUAAAGAACCUGAGUUCGUUGGAAGAAAGGAUGGAGAAGAAAUGGAAAUCCCAGAAAAUUCGAUUGAUAAUCAAAUACAAGAAAACAGCAGAGGCCAGAGAACACUGCAUCAAACCCCCUGUGGUCCAGAACAGAACCAAAGCACAAGGAGCAGCUUUGCAACUGAUGGUGCUCUAUCCCACAAUUCUGGGGUCCCCGUGAGUGACUGGAGCUCUGACGAAGAAGAUGGAAGCAAAGGAAGGGCCAAGGCCAGGCACACAUCUGCUCUCUCUAGUCACACAUCAGAAGAAGGGGCCCAGGGAAGCAGGAUGGGGAGUGACAUGUACCUGACAGCAUCCGAUGACAGCAGCUCCGUAUUUGAAGAAGAGACUUUUGGCAUGAAGAGACUGGAACACAAGAAAUUGUAUUCUUGGCAACAGGAAGCACAGUGGAAAGCUCAGAAUAGUCAUCUGGGAAAAGGAAAUUCUCAGUCAAGAAAAAGGGAGCAAGACAGCUCCUCAGAUGAACUGAAUAAAAAAUUCCAAUCCCAGAGACUUGAUUAUUCAUCUUCAUCGAGUGAGGCCAACACCCCAAGCCCCAUUCUGACUCCAGCUUUGGCUCCAAAGCAUCCUAACCUGCUCCCUGGAAAAGGUGGACAGUUGGUAUCUUCCUCCAACCUGCCUCCCCCAAGGUUAAGGCUUCCUAAUGUCUUCAGUAUAAGUGUAGCACUAGCCAAAAGGCACUUGAGCCAGCCCCAGUUAAGUUCCGACAGAAUGUUUGGUACCAACAGAAAUGCCAUCAGCAUGAUACGGCCGCUGAGACCUCAGGAGACGGAUCUCGACCUGGUUGAUGGUGACAGUACAGAAAUUUUGGAGCAAAUGGACACGAGUUGUGAUGAUGGAUUAUUUUCCAAUGACUCUUUGGAAUCUCCGUGUUCAGAUGACCAGGAAACCUGUGACUCAACCAAGAAGGCUGCAGGCAGCAAACCUCCAACUCCUCCCCUGCACCGCUUCCCUUCCUGGGAAAGCAGAAUUUAUGCUGUAGCUAAAUCAGGCAUUCGAAUGUCGGAGGCCUUCAAUAUGGAGAAUGUUAAUAAAAAUUGUGUUGCAGUGCCUUCCUAUACCAUAUCGGGACUUUAUACAUCUCUGCUAUACAAGAAUAUGACAACCCCAGUGUACACUACUUUGAAGGGGAAGGCAACCCAGAUCAGUAGCAGCCCUUUCCUGGAUGACUCCUCAGGCUCGGAGGAAGAAGACAGCUCCAGGUCCAGCUCCCGGACGUCAGAAUCAGACACCCGCAGCAGGAGUGGGCUGGGCAGCCCCAGAGCCAUGAAACGAGGUGUGUCUCUGUCCUCUGUGGCUUCUGAAAGCGAUUAUGCUAUUCCCCCCGAUGCUUACUCCCCUGACACCGAGUGCUCGCAGCCGGAACAGAAGGUCCCUAAAACCUGCUCAGCUUCCAGUGAUAACGGGAAAAAUGAACCACUGGAAAAAUCUGGCUAUUUAUUAAAAAUGGGUGGUAAAGUCAAGACUUGGAAGCGAAGAUGGUUUGUCCUUAAAGGUGGUGAAUUACUUUAUUACAAAUCUCCGAGUGAUGUAAUUAGAAAACCCCAUGGCCAUAUUGAACUUAGUGCAUCCUGUAAUAUUUUAAGAGGAGAUAACAAACAAACAGUUCAGUUAACCACUGAAAAGCACACAUACUAUUUGACUGCAGAUUCUCCCAAUAUACUGGAGGAAUGGAUUAAAGUAUUGCAGAAUGUUCUUCGAGUACAAGCUGCCAACCCACUUUUCCUGCAGCCUGAAGGCAAACCAACUAUGAAGGGCUUACUCACUAAGGUAAAGCAUGGAUAUUCCAAGAGAGUCUGGUGUACACUUAUAGGAAAGGCCCUGUAUUAUUUUCGUAGCCAAGAAGAUAAGUUUCCUUUAGGUCAGAUCAAGCUCUGGGAGGCUAAAGUGGAGGAGGUUGACAGAUCCUGUGAUUCCGAUGAGGAUUAUGAAGCCAGUGGACGCAGUCUGCUAUCCACACAUUACACCAUUGUAAUCCACCCCAAAGAUCAAGGCCCAACUUACCUCCUGAUUGGAUCCAAGCAUGAAAAGGACACCUGGCUUUAUCAUCUGACUGUUGCAGCUGGAAGCAACAAUGUGAAUGUUGGAUCUGAAUUUGAGCAACUCGUUUGCAAAUUACUGAAUAUAGAAGGGGAACCCUCCUCGCAGAUAUGGAGACACCCCGCUUUGUGUCACAGCAAAGAAGGAAUCAUUUCUCCGCUGACAACACUGCCUUCUGAAGCCCUACAGACGGAAGCUAUUAAACUAUUUAAGACCUGCCAGCUUUUUAUAAAUGCAGCGGUUGACUCCCCAGCCAUUGAUUACCACAUAUCCCUAGCACAGAGUGCCUUACAGAUCUGCUUGACACAUCCUGAGCUGCAGAAUGAAAUUUGCUGUCAGCUUAUUAAACAGACAAGACGAAGACAGCCACAGAAUCAGCCAGGCCCACUGCAGGGCUGGCAGCUCUUGGCGCUCUGUGUUGGGCUAUUCCUUCCUCACCAUCCUUUCCUGUGGCUCCUCAGGCUCCACCUGAAGAAGAAUGCAGAUUCCAGGACAGAGUUUGGCAAAUAUGCCAUUUAUUGCCAGCGAUGUGUAGAAAGAACCCAACAAAAUGGUGACCGGGAGGCACGGCCCUCAAGAAUGGAAAUCCUGUCCACCCUGCUCCGCAACCCUUAUCAUCAUUCUUUGCCCUUCAGUAUACCAGUGCACUUCAUGAAUGGGAUAUACCAGGUUGUUGGGUUUGACGCAUCCACCACAGUGGAAGAAUUUUUGAAUACUUUGAACCAGGACACAGGAAUGAGGAAGCCAGCACAGUCUGGAUUCGCUUUGUUCACAGACGAUCCUUCUGGCAGGGAUUUCGAGCAUUGUCUUCAAGGAAACAUCAAGAUAUGCGACAUUAUCUCCAAAUGGGAACAAGCCUCCAAAGAACAGCAACCUGGGAAAUGUGAGGGCACAAGAACUGUGCGUCUAACUUACAAAAACAGACUGUAUUUUUCGAUGCAAGCUCGUGGAGAGACUGACAGAGAAAAGUUGCUGUUAAUGUAUCAGACAAAUGAUCAGAUAAUAAAUGGACUUUUUCCUCUGAACAAGGAUCUCGCAUUGGAAAUGGCAGCUCUUUUAGCUCAGGUAGAGAUUGGAGAUUUCGAAAGGCCUUUCUCAACUCCAGCAGGACAUGUUACUAAUCAGUGCAAAACAAAUCAAACUCUGAAGCAAGUCAUAGAGAAAUUUUAUCCUAAAAGGUAUAAGGAAGGCUGCUCUGAGGAACAGCUAAGGCAGCUUUGCCAGCGACUGUCAACCAGGUGGAUGGCCCUCAGGGGACACAGUGCUGCCGACUGCGUGCGCAUCUAUUUGACAGUAGCCAGGAAAUGGCCAUUCUUUGGUGCCAAGCUGUUUCUUGCAAAACCCAUUACUCCAUCAACACUAGAAAGUACUUUCAUUUGGCUGGCUGUACACGAGGACGGUGUCAGCAUUUUGGAAUACACCUCUAUGAGGUUGAUAGUCAGCUAUCUGUACAAGAGUCUAAUGACCUUUGGCGGUUAUCAGGAUGAUUUUAUGGUAGUCAUUAACAAUCCACAUUCAAAGGACAAACCAACAGAGAAGCUCCUUUUUGCCAUGGCAAAACCUAAGAUUCUUGAAAUCACGCUUUUGAUUGCCAGUUACAUAAACAACUUCCAUCAGCAAAAGGCAGCGUUCCACCACCUCUCGGCUCCAGCACUGCUCUCCGCCCGGCCAGGGGGAAUCCAAGCCAGGGCCGUGGGGAGCCAGCUGCCUCUGUCAGGCAGCAGGCCAACCAAAGGUCCCACCUUGCUGUGAGGCUCCAGAGCCCAGAUGUAUGCUUUUUUUCCAAGCCAAGGCCCACUCUGACACCAUGGUACUCCUAAGUCUGUAUUGCCAAUAUUAACAAUACUGGGGUUAGUCAGAUAAAUGAUAAGCAUAAAACAAAUGGAAAAUUUGCCACCAUGAUACUUUUCUUAGGGUCCCCGGGUAGAAUGUGUCUUUUUGUUCAUCUCCCUUCACCCUUCUCAUCAGAAGCAUGGUGCAAUAUUUUAUUUUCUUUCUUCUUUCUAAUAAUCUGGAAAUCUUCAGGAAGGGAGAUGUAAAAAAAACUACCUGAAUAAACUAGCUGAUUAUUUGAAAAUGCUGACUGCUAAAAAUUAAUUAUGAUAAUUCAGUGUGCCUU